AUGCCGCUUCCCACAUUCAAGACCGUCGCCGGCCUCUUGCGCCUGUUGAACUGGGGUUCUUCUUCAGAGCUAUACUACCCCGAGCGGUUUUCGAGGGGUGCAGCUUUCUCCUUUGCUAUGGCAUCAUCCAUUCCGGGUGGCAAUGACUUAGGGGUUGGCCCCGUGGGUGGUGGCAAAGGGUUUGGUAUUGGGACCUUGGCAAAAAGGCUUUACCUGGACAGUACCCUCAGCGUUAUCUUGACGAAUGCCAACGGGGCGGAGUCUGCCGGAGCAGACUCUGGCAGUGAGGACGACAAUCCGCUAGAGCAGCCAAAAGGCGGGGAGCAGUCCAUGGAAAGGGCGAUGGCCUUGCUUCUGGGACCUGAAGACCCAUUCGAGGACAAAGGCAAGAACCAGAACCUGCCAUUCCGAGCGAUUAAGAGACUGAGGUACGCACUCGUCACACCAUCCAUCGAGUCAAAUCCAUCGGGUCAUAAAUUCAUCGUGGCCGAUAUCCCUACAUAUUUGGAGCAUGUUAUAGAGAAAAUGCAAGACAAAGGGAAUGCUGGAGAUCUCCAGAAGCUGAUCGAGGUGUGGAACAGCCGUAUUGCUACCAUAGACACCGCGGACUUUUACGGGGAUGAGGUCAUUCAUGACAUCUUGCCGAAGGUCUUUCCGCUCCGAGAGACAGCUCCAUCUGGCUCUCAGCCCGAAACCAAGGGCCCGAGACAAGGCUGCUUUGCUCCGCUCAAAAGAAACCGACUCGCAAUAGAUAUGUUGACAAAGCACACGCCCGGAAAGACGCCGAAAGACUAA